UCCAACAUGGACCGGGAAAUGAUAUUGGCUGAUUUCCAGGCAUGUACUGGUAUUGAAAAUAUUGAUGAAGCUAUAACGUUGCUUGAACAAAAUAACUGGGAUUUAGUGGAAGCUAUAAAUGGUGUAAUACCACAAGAAAAUGGCAUUCUACAAAGUGAGUACGGUGGAGAGACUUUACAUGGACCAGCGUAUGGCCCCACAAGUCAUUCUACAGCAGCUUCUUCACCUCCUUCCUCAUCCUCAGCGUUUCGCCAUGUAGUGCCAUCUAGACAAAUAGUGGAAAGACAACCUCGAAUGCUUGACUUCAGGGUUGAGUACAGAGACAGGAAUGUGGAUGUAGUACUUGAAGACAGCUCCACAGUUGGAGAUAUCAAACAUAUUCUAGAAAAUGAACUUCAGAUUCCUGCAUCUAAAAUGCUGUUAAAAGGAUGGAAGACUGGAGAUGUAGAUGAUAGUACUGUUUUAAAAACUCUACACUUGCCAAAAAAUAAUAGUCUUUAUGUUCUAACACCUGACCUGCCUCCUCCUUCUUCAAGUCAUUCUGGGGCCCUGCAGGAGUCAUUAAAUCAAAACUUCAUGCUGAUCAUCACCCAUCGAGAAGUCCAGCGGGAGUACAACCUCAACUUCUCAGGAAGCAGUACCAUUCAGGAGGUAAAGCGGAAUGUGUAUGACCUAACUAGUAUCCCUGUCCGUCACCAGUUAUGGGAAGGCUGGCCUCCUUCUGCCACAGACGACUCAAUGACUCUAGCUGUAUCGGGACUGACUUUUCCUUGCCAUCGACUUACAGUUGGAAGAAGAUCUUCACCUGUACAAACGAGGGAACAGUCAGAGGAGCAAUGCACCGAUGUUCAUAUGGUUAGUGACAGUGAUGGAGAUGACUUUGAAGAUGCUACAGAGUUUGGAGUUGAUGAUGGAGAAAUGUUUGGAGUAGCAUCAUCUGCCCUGAGGAAAUCGCCAAUGAUGCCAGAAAAUGCUGAAAAUGAAGCAGAUGCCUUAUUACAAUUCACAGCAGAGUUUUCUUCAAGAUAUGGUGAAUGCCAUCCUGUUUAUUUAAUUGGAUCAUUAGAGGUUGCUUUUCAAGAAGCUUUCUAUGUGAAAGCUAGAGAGAGAAAGCUUCUUGCUAUCUACCUCCACCAUGAUGAAAGUGUACUAACCAACGUCUUCUGCUCACAAAUGCUUUGUGCUGAAUCUAUUGUCUCUUACCUGAGUCAGAACUUCAUAACCUGGGCAUGGGACAUGACAAAAGAAGCAAACAGAGCAAGAUUUCUGACGAUGUGCACUAGACACUUCGGGAGUGUGGUAGCCCAAACAAUUCGAACUCAGAAGACAGACCAGUUUCCACUUUUCCUUAUUAUUAUGGGAAAAAGAUCAUCUAAUGAAGUAUUGAAUGUAAUACAAGGUAACACAACAGUGGAUGAGCUAAUGAUGAGGCUGAUGGCUGCAAUGGAGAUCUUCAGUGCCCAGCAGCAGGAAGACAUAAAGGAUGAGGCUGAACGUGAAGCCAGAGAAAAUGUGAAAAGAGAGCAAGAUGAAGCGUACCGCAUAUCACUGGAGGCUGACAGGGCGAAGAGGGAAGCACAAGAGAGAGAAAUGGCAGAGCAGUUUCGCUUGGAACAGAUUCGGAAAGAACAGGAGGAAGAACGUGAGGCUAUCAGGCUCUCUCUUGAGCAAUCUUUGCCUCCCGAACCGAAAGAGGAGAGCACCGAGUCCGUCAGUAAACUGCGCAUUCGGACGCCCAGCGGAGAAUUCUUUGAGCGACGUUUCCUGGCCAGCAGCAAGCUGCAAGUUGUCUUUGAUUUUGUAGCUUCCAAGGGAUAUCCUUGGGAGGAGUACAAGCUGCUGGGCACCUUUCCGAGGAGAGAUGUGACCCAGCUGGAUCCAAAUAAAUCAUUACUGGAGGUAAAACUGUAUCCUCAAGAAACCCUUUUCCUAGAGGCAAAAGAAUAG